AUGGAAUCUGGAAGAAGGAAUACCCACAAGCACAGUUUCAAGGAUCCUAAUCUAGAAGAACUAAGAAAGCUAGUAACUUUGAUGACUAAUAUUGAAGACACUGUUUAUCGAUGUUUUACAUUUCCUGAUUUCCAGCUGGUACCCACCUUAGAGGAGUAUGCUCACCUGAUUCCUAAGCUUCAAGUGAUCGUUAGCGCUCUUCAUCUGAAGAAAUCUAAUAUAGAUAAUAAUUUCAUCACCAAAGGAUGCAUCAGGGGGAUUACUAUUGAGUUCUUGAUAAAGAAGGCUACUUACUUUGCUAGUGCUGGUAGUAUGACUGCUUUUGAGGAUAUUCUGGCUUUACUUAUUUAUGGCAUGGUUUUAUUCCCUAACAUUGACAACUUUGUUGAUGUUAACGUUAUUCGGAUUUUCUUGCUUGGUAACCCUGUUCCAACUCCUUUAGGUGAUAUUUGUCAUUCCAUUCACUUUAGGACUGAUAAACAUAAGGGGACUAUUGUAUGUUGCGCACCUUUGUUGUAUAGGUGGUUUAUUUCUCACCUUCCUCAUACUCCUGCUUUUUGGGACAACAAAGGGUGUUUGAGAUGGUCUCAAGGGAUUAUGUCUCUAACUAGCACUGAUAUUGUGUGGUAUUCUCACGUUUUCUUCUAUACUAAGAUUGUUGAUAGUUGUGGAGAGUUCUCUAAUGUGCCUCUUCUUGGUACAAAAGGAGGAAUCAACUACAACCAUGUUUUAGCCAAACGUCAAAUGGGGUAUCCUUUGAAUGAAAAACCUGGUAAUCUCUUGGUAGAAGGAUUCUUUUUCAUAAACGGGAAGGAGGGGCAGGGAUUGAAGAGUAGCAUUGUGCAUGCAUGGCACAACAUUCAUAGGAAAGGUAGCGAAGAACUUGGAAAGAAAAAUUGUUGGUCUAACUCAUCCCUACAAAAAUGA